ACACUCGCCGCCACCAUAUUGGAAGCAGAAUACAGAAAAGAGACAUUUGGCUUAAAACACGGGUAUUUUUGAGGACUUAAACGUGUAUUAUUACUGGAUAUCAGACACUCCUCUCCACCUUUACUCGUUUAAUCAGCCGUGUUACCGUUACACGAAGCGGCCGGUUUCCUCAGCCCGUGUUUACUAUUGCUUUUAUAGUUUGUAACAACUAACGUUAGCUGCAACCAGGUUAGCUUAGCUAGCGGCGCGUAUAGCGCGAAGUUUUUUUUGUUUGUUUGUUUUGUUUUGUUUUAUUCCUCUUCAGAACAUUUUAGUCAAUUUUUAGGAAUAUUUAACCUUUAGCAGAUGAGUACGUGCGAAGCUCGGUUCGGUGCUAAAAAUACUAGCGGGUUUAAGAGGGAGCGAGUGGCCGAAAGCUGACUUCAAAACAAAACGGCUUGCUAACUAAAGCUGGCUGCAAACUCGGUUAGUUAGCAGCUACCUCGGACGGAGCUAACGUUAUCUAGCUAGCUUAUAAGCCAGACUGCCUGAUUCCCCAUGACCAUAGACAGCUAUAAUAACUACAAUAGUCACAAGGCUGUAUUAUUUUUCUCCUCAGGACUUAACGUUAGCUAGCCAGUUCGUCUCUGCUCUCCGUCUCGGGCACCGUCGUUAGCCUUCUAACGUUAGCUCGACUACAGCUGAAGUGGAGAAGAAUCGAGCUGAGUUGGUAGCUUUGCUGCUGGGGAAGAAAAGGACUAACGCAUUUGUUUUCCAUGGACAACACGUCCAUAAUAACGCAAGUUACGAAUCCUAAGGAGGAGGAGAUACUAUCGUCAAACCCUGAAAAAGUUUCGCUGUCCAGUAGCAGCUUAAAGAAGAAGAAUCGCCGAAGUCUCUUCAGCUCGUUCUUCUGCUGCUUGCGGAACUAUGACGCUGAUCCUCCUGCAACCACCAACAACAACACCAGCCCUCUGCCUCCUCCUGUGGAGGAGAAUGGAGCUCCUCCUAAGUGUGAGCAGGCUGAGGUCAUCCCUGUUCCCGGUCCUCCAGAGAAAUACCUCCUCCCCGAGGUGAACAUCAAUGACUACGGGAAGAAGUGUGUUGUAAUAGACUUGGAUGAAACUCUGGUGCACAGUUCAUUUAAGCCCAUUAGCAAUGCUGACUUCAUUGUUCCAGUGGAGAUAGAUGGCACGGUGCAUCAGGUCUACGUGCUAAAGAGGCCGCAUGUGGAUGAGUUUCUGCAGAAGAUGGGAGAGUUGUUUGAGUGUGUACUCUUCACAGCCAGUCUAGCCAAGUACGCUGACCCUGUGGCUGACCUUCUGGACCAGUGGGGAGUGUUCCGGGCACGGCUCUUCCGGGAAUCCUGCGUGUUCCACAGAGGAAACUACGUCAAAGACCUCAGCCGGCUCGGGAGGGAGCUGCACAAUGUCAUCAUAGUGGACAACUCGCCCGCUUCCUACAUCUUCCACCCUGAAAAUGCUGUUCCAGUGCAGUCGUGGUUCGAUGACAUGACUGACACCGAGCUCUUGGACCUGCUUCCAUUCUUUGAAGGACUGAGCAAAGAAGAGGACGUUUAUGGAGUUCUGCAGAACCUCAGAGCCAGGUAGCAAGCUGAGCUGCCCAGCCUUAAGGGGGGUGCAGUGGAGUGGCCCAACAGAGGGCGACGGGGCGAUUUCUUCCGUCCUCUGCUCUCCCAGAUGCCACUUAAUAGCAGUCCACUGCUUACUACACAGGAACAGCAGACCAUUGUCUGCGGCCCACCAGGGAGACCCAUACAGUGUGACGAAAACUCCACUACACAUGGACCUUCUUCUCAAGAGACCCACAUUUGGCUCUCCUAUUAAGUGCUUAAUAAUAAACCAAAAACACCAACUCCUUUUUUUUUCUCCCUUGAAAUGAGACUCUAAGCGCAGAUUUUUGGGUUGUUGCUAUGCAGGCAGGCUUGGUGGCCUGUAGAAGUAAAAGGACUGUGGGGUUUUUCUUCACUUGCCCAACCAAGUGCCUUUUUUGAAUGUCAUUUUUAUUGGGGGAGGUUGGGUGGGGGCAUGUUUUUGUAUAUGGCAUAUUUCCAGAGAAUCUUUUCCAGAAUUCUACUCUUUAAAGCGGCAGCAAGUCAGAAGGUUUUUUUUUUUUGGGUUUUUUUGGUUAAAUUUUAUUUUUUUUAUUAUUGUAAAGGCACUGUUACUGAAGCCAGAGGGUUUUUUAAUUAUGGAUAAAUGUCUCCAUCUGUGUUCUUGUUUUCUUUUGCUUUAGCUUGUGCCAUCAUAUAGACAUGUUCUUUAUCAUUAAUUCUUUAUAGACAUGCAUAUUUGUUUGUCUUAAAGGGCAAAGGAAUACAUUUGCACUUGUUGGAGCUCCUUGUUUUUUUUUUUUCUUUUUAAGAUGAUGAGCAACAAUCUCAGACUGAAGAUUGUACUGUGCCAACGGAUGGUUGUUUCCACCCCAUUUUUAUGCCAUUCACUUGCUGAGGCUCGUCAUCAGCAUGUGGGUCCAGUGAACUUUAGUGUUGAAAUGUAGGGUAGAAAUCGGUACGGCACACGUCGACAGCAGUGUCUGGCCUUUUCAGCAUUCAUCCAGAGAUUAUAGCAAGUUAGUUAUAUGUUGAAUUUUAGAGUUCAUGUGUUUAGAGUGCAUUUUAAAGAGGUGAUUUAAACAGUCUGCCUUUGGUGAUAUAGCUUAGACUCCAUGCAACUUAAGCCCUGCUCCUGCCCCACGCUCUUUAAGUCUUCUUAAAGGGGAAGCAUCCUUUUCCUCUCAGGAUGCACAGUUGCAAAUGUAUCUCUAUUCUUUUUAUCAGUUUCAUUGUUUGUUGUAGUAACUUUCUUGAACGUGGUUAGUUUGAGCCACCUGUAUAAGAUUGGCUUUUGUUUUUAGUUUUUCAACUUGUUUAGGACCUGCUGCUGCUAGCGCACAGCGGAUUCCAGUACAUUACAGACACCAGAGUCGCCGGAGAGCCGUGUGGUUUGUGUCAGAGGCCGACUGGCGAAAGUUAAGGUGAUAACCGAGCCCUGCGAGGCCAGCGUGAGCAGUUCACCACCAUGCACUCAGGUGUCCAGAACAUUUUUAGUUGGAGUAAGGGGCCAUUCAGAGGUGUGUGGAGUGUAGGCUCUUGCUGAAAAGUAGAUUCCAGAUGAGUGCAGCUCUCAAACAGACGUGGGUUUUUGAGAGAGAGGUGUUCUUUUGGCUCUAGGUGCGCUGUAUGUGUGGAGCCUCCUUCACCACGGUGCCUAGGAGAGGAGCAGUCGCGGCUUAUCGAGAAGUGCCGCCAAGUACGCAAUAACCUCUCUCUUUUCUUCUACGCCACACUUCACUCUGUAUGACCUGUCAGUGUUUUUUCUUUCUCUUUCUCUCUGAUAGUUUGUCCCUUUUUGCGCUACCUCUCUCCAUCCUUCUCUAAUCUCUGCACUCAAGGCAAGAGAGUAUUUCAUUGUUUUCAUUAUGAUAAUCUGUCAGUAUUUGGUUUAAAAUGUUAAACAUCUAUAUUAUCCUGCUGCUGUUGUUUCUUCCUGUUUCAGCUCCGUGCAGCUCCUUGUGCGGUUUCUGGUUUCAGAUCUGACAAUUUUUAGAUAAUCAUGGUCUUAUCUCAGUGUAGAAUUUGGCAAGAAUAGACUUUUUUUUUUUUUUUUUUUUCCUUUUACUUUCACUGACCGCAAUUGCAUUUCUUCUCUCUUUGUGUCGUUCAUUUGUCCUAAUGUUAAAUGACCUGUCGCACUUUGGUGUUGGGCAAGGAUGUUCUGUUCCUCCAGCAGGUGUUUUUUCACUAACAAUUACAGGCACGAUUACUUGGGGUGUCAACAUUACUUGUAUUAUCGAUAAGCAUUACAUCCACUUGGGGUUCUGUCUUUUAGAUCUUUUUGAAUUUCUUUCUUCUUACUUGGAAAGCCAUGUAGAUGUGUUGACAAGUCAAAUGCAAUCACUGCAGUUAGAAACCAGUGACAAGGGGCUGUGCUGUGCCACAUUUGCAGUAUGUUUCGAGGUGAUAUGAUCCAUGGUUUGUUGCAAAAUUUUCUUCCAGACUAUGAUGUUAUAUUAAAGCACCUUUUUAAGAAAAAGAAA